ACUGCCACAUAAUCAAAACAAAAUGGAAAAUGAAGAAGUUAUAAAUGCCGAAGAAAAAUUAUCAAACACAAAAAAUGAUGUUAAUUUUAAAUUUAUUGAACAGUACGUGUGCGAAGUGAUUGAUUUCAGUUCACAAUACGGUAGUGAUAUUAGUAUUUCAUAUACCGCAUGUAAUAUUGUUGGGAAACCUUUAAAAUUUCCUAAUUAUGGAGAUUUUCCUCAAACAUUUGUUAUGCGUACUUAUGGGACGUGGUGGAAUCAGGCUCCUAGCAGGGAAAUUGAAUAUAUGCCAAGAAAUGACGAUCAUAUCAUUGCUGAUGAUUAUAUAGAUUUACUCUUCGAAUGUGCAGUAUAUCCAUGGCAAAUAUAUAUAUUUGAAACAUAUAAUCCAGGAGCGGUCGUCAGAAUUUGGUGUAACGUUAGAAAUAAAUCAUGGAUAUUGUUAUGGGAAAGUUCUCCUACACAUGUGCCUCAAGUUUCUAGGUCAUUUUGUCCGGCAAUUAAAACUAUCAAUUAUCAGACUAACCUAAUAAGAUUAGAAUUUAAUCAACGGUUACUUAACUAUCACACAGAAAUCGAUGCAGUAAUGUUAGUUGGAUCAUUAGAGCCCAUACCUUCAUUACAUAAUGAUGUGCCAAAUAAUCAUUUGUGUAAAAAAAUUGAAGAAUUUGGUAUUACAGCUGCUAUUCCUGGAAAAUUACCUACAUUAAAACGUCAUGAAAUUGAAGAAUUAAUGUUGGCUACGGAAAAGAUGUUGACUGAACAAUCAAGAUCUCCUUCAUCUGGAUCUUUUUUUGUUUUACCGGAUGAAACAAUAAUACGAAUUUUUACAUAUUUAGAUUUAUUAUCACUGUCAAGAUGUGCCUUAGUGAAUAAACGUUUUUAUAGUUUAGCUACAGAUGCUUUACUAUAUACAAGCGUUAGUUUUAAAUCGUAUUGGUAUCGUGUUGAUCGUACAACAUUGUAUGCAUUUAGUCGACGUUGUGCGUUUCUACAAAAAUUCGAUUUAUCGUGGUGUGGGGAUCAUGAUCGAAUUACUUCAUUCGAUUUUUCACAAUUUUUAAAAACCUGUGGAACAACAUUAACACAUUUACGUUUAAAUUGUUGUAAAUUUGUAAAUAAUUUCUGUUUGAAAGACAUUGCACGAUUUUGUUCGCGAUUAAAAGAAUUAGGUUUACGAAAUUGUACAACUGCAUCAGAAGUUGGAUUUGGCAGUUUAGCUCAAUUAACAAACUUGGAAAGAUUGGAUUUAUAUCGAGCGGCUAUUGAAGGACCAGCAUUAGUUAGUAUAUUACGUGCAAAUCCUAAAAUGAAACAUUUGAGUGUUGGUGCUUGUGGUCAUAUAGCAGCUAUGGAUGAUGUGGCAUUUGUUUUAUCCAGGCAUAAUUUAGAUUUAAUAUCAGUAGAUUUUUGGAAAUCUUAUUCAUUAAGUUUACCUGGAUUGUAUGCUCUAGCAAACUGUAGAAAACUUCAAGAACUUGAUAUUGGAUGGUGUUUAGGAUUAGGUACACCGGGUGAAUGUCUUCUACAAGUUGCAAAAAAUUGUACAGAAAUUCGACGAUUGGUGUUAGCUGCAUUACGUGGUUUAACUGAUUCCGAUUUAAUACCAAUUUUUGAAAGUUGUACAAAAUUAGAACAAAUUGAUCUUGUUGGUUUACAAGGUAUUACAUCCGUAUCAUGUGUUAGUGCCCUUGUCAAUUGUCAAAAUUUGCGUUUACUGGACAUAAGUUUUUGUGGUCAGAUUCAUGAUGAUGAGGUUGAAAUUUGGCGAUUACAAUACCCCAACGCAUGUAUAAAACGUAGUUUUCAAGCAGAUAUGAGAGACGAAUUAGCACCAGUUAUACAAUAGAAACUCGGAACUAUAGAAAAACUCAUGGUGUUUGUUUAUAUUCGCAUUUUCAUGAAAUAUGGUGUUACAUAACAAUUUAGAUGUAAAUACAAAACAUUGAACCAUA